GCUUACAGAACUGGAUGCCUUUUUGAAGAUCUUAGACAAGGAAAACCUGAGUAGCACAGCUGUGGUGAAGAAGAGCUUCCUUACUGAUCUCCUUCGGCUCUACACAAAGACCAGCAAUUCCGAUGAGGAAUAUAUUUACAUGAACAAAGUUACAACUCAUAAGCAGCCGAAUGUGGAAAUAGAAGGCAAAGGAAAAGACAAAGCACUGAAUUUCUCAGAUCCUCUGACCAAUGGAGAGUUGGUACAGCACUUAUCUGCCCCACAGAAGAGUCUGCCUGAUCUUCCACCUCCUAAAAUAAUUCCAGAAAGGAAACAGCUCCCAGUCCCAAAGAUCGAGUCUCCCGAGGGAUAUUAUGAAGAGGCAGAACCAUAUGAUACUUCCUUAAAUGAGGAUGGUGAACCUGUGAGUAGUUCCUAUGAAUCAUAUGAUGAAGAAGAGAGCAGUAAAAGCAAGUCAACCCCCCACCAAUGGCCAUCCCCAGAAGCCACCAUUGAGCUGAUGAAGGAUGCCCGGAUCUGUGCCUUUCUGUGGCGGAAGAAGUGGCUGGGGCAGUGGGCCAAGCAGUUGUGUGUCAUUAAGGACAGCAGAUUACUGUGCUACAAGUCUUCUAAGGACCACAAUCCCCAGCUUGAUGUGAAUCUGGUGGGCUGUAGUGUGGUUUACAAGGAGAAACAAGUGAGGAAGAAAGAGCAUAACCUGAAGAUUACUCCAACAAAUGCCGAUGUGAUUGUCUUAGGACUGCAGAGCAAGGACCAGGCAGAGCAGUGGCUCCGGGUCAUCCAAGAAGUCAGUGGCUUGCCUUCUGAAGGAGUUUCUGAAGGAAACCAAUACAUCCCUGAUGCCCAACGUCUCAAUUGUCAGAAACCAGAUAUAGCUGAGAAAUACCUCUCAGCCCCAGAAUGUGGGAGUAAUGUGGAUGGUCAUCCUGAAACCACAGAGACCAAAGAUGUUAAGAAGAAAGGUACAGCAGGCCUCAAAUUGAGCAACUUGAUGAACCUGGGGAGGAAGAAAUCUGCUUCACUGGAGAAUUCUGAGAGGUCUCUGGAGACAUCCAGUUACCUGAAUGUCCUGGUCAACAGCCAGUGGAAAUCCCGGUGGUGCUAUGUGAAGGACAGUCACCUGCACAUCUACCAGGACAGGAACCGAACUAAAUCAGCACAGCAGCCACUCAGCUUGGUGGGAUGUGAGGUUGUCCCAAAUCCCAGCCCCGAUCACCUCUACUCCUUUCGGAUUCUCAACAAUGGAGAGGAGAUAGCCAUGCUCGAGGCCAAAUCAUCCGAGGAAAUGGGCCACUGGCUGGGCCUCCUCCUGUCAGAGUCUGGAUCCAAGACCGACCCAGAAGAAUUCACCUAUGACUAUGUGGAUGCAGAUCGAGUUUCCUGCAUUGUGAGUGCAGCAAAGACCUCUUUCUUUUUGAUGCAGAGAAAGUAUUCAGAGCCCAAUGCCUACAUCGAUAAUCUGCCCAAAGGCCACCAGCACGAGGAGCCUUAUGAUGAGGUCAUUCUGGAUACAAAUGAGCCAACACCAUUAGUGGAACAAAUACAAGAAAGCACUCCUCUGAGAGCCCCUACGUCUGAAGAAUUAGAUCGAGUGUACUUAGAUCUCACACCCCUUGUGUCCUUUCCACCUGGCCCCAGUCAUGUGAAAGCCCAGCUUUCCCCUCCUUCCUCUCCACUUUUGGAAAAAGCCACCUUUAAGACAGAAUUAGAAGACAGCACUGAAACCUCUUCAGCAGACAAGGAAACAGAAUUCUGCAGAAAGUCUUUGGAAAUAGCACAAGAACAGAAACAACCAGAAAGGACUGAAUCAGAAGAGCCAUCACUGAGAGGCACUGGUGUCAAAAUCCAAACCCAACAACAGAAAAUCUCUUUUCCUCAGAGUUUCCCUGACUUUCCAUUCACCACAGCAACAGGGACUCAUCUACAGCCAGUGGCUACCCCUAAAGAGAAAACAGAGAAGCCCAAGGGGACCAGUGCAGCUCCUGUAGAAAUUAAACUUGGCAAGAAUAGGACUGAGGCUGAAGUGAAGCGGUACACAGAGGAAAAGAAGAGGCUUGAGAAGGAGAAGGAAGAAAUUCGGAAUCACCUCGCACAGCUCCGGAGAGAAAGACGGGAACUGAAAGACACUGUGGUGAGAUGUACAGACAGGUGUGCCCUGGCCUGUCUGGAGCAGAAGUUAAAGGAGAUGGAGGAGGAGUGCAGGGAAAAGGAGAAGAGACGUGUGGACCUGGAGCUGAGCAUCAUGGAGGUGAAAGAAAGCCUGAAGAAGGCAGAAGCAGGACCUGUGACCUUAGGCACAGCAGUGGACACCACCCACCUGGAGAAUACAACUCCCAAAACCAAAGUCCCCAAUCCGGCUCCUGUUGCAGACUCUUCUCCAGUCAACUCUGCAAUAGCUUUAAAAAACAGACCUCUUUCCGUCAUGGUAACAGGCAAGGGAACAGUCUUAAGGAAAGCUCUGGAAUGGGAGAAGAAAGGAGCAAGUUAGGAAACUGACCUUCCAAUAAAAACUGACAUUAUUGAUAUGGACCUUGGAUGACAAUCCUCCCAAGUUAAGGUCUGACCUAAAAGCAGAAAACAUUGGGCUUGGAGAGUCUGUUCAGAAGGAAAAGAAAGGAUCGAGACAACUGUGAACGGAGAUCUUUGGCUAAGGACUCCUGCACCUCCCCAAGGUAGUGGGGAGAGUGGAAGGGAUGACUCCCAUGUCCCUUUUCACCACCAAGGGAAAUAACACAAAAGGAAAAGACACUUUCAUGGUAUUCCUAAUCCACUGUUAUAAACAGGAAUGCUAAUGUUAUUGUUAGGGAUGGUUUGUGUAUUUCUACAUACAAAUUUAUUAAUUGCAUUAUUGAAAUUUAGCUCAUAGUUCCAUAACAAGAAGUUUCGUUUUUGUUGUUGGUUUUUUUUUAGGGGGAGGGGGAGGAAACAUGUAAAGAAUCCUGGUAGCUGAAUGGUUCUCCAACUUGGAAUUUUGGCUUCAGCAACCAAGAUAACCUAAAAUCAUCAGCAUCAUCUCUAUUUAGUACUGGCCGAUAAAGUUCAAUUUUCCCUGCUUUGAGGGAGCCAGGCUCCAGGCUCGGUGGCUCAAACCCAGAGCAGUUGUGCUCUAGACAGCGCAAACUCUUGUUUCAGGUUGUUUGGCUUAUGAUUCCACACAUGUAGAAAUAGCCUAGAACUUGCUUUAAAACAAAAAACCCACUUGUGUGGGUGCUACCCUUUCAGAGGGGAGAAAAAGACUAGGAAACUCUACUGUUGGUAAAUUAUUUUUAGUAAAAAUCCCUCAUUCACUGGUAUUGAAGAUGUAAGAAUGUGUUUUUUUUUAAAUUAAUAUGAGGACAAGAUCCUAUUGGGCGCUAACAUUUUAUAAGUAACCGUGAAAUCACAUAAAGCCAGUAUACAAAAGCCAUUUUUGAGAAAAUGUCAUCUCGUGCAUAUUUUGAUCACAAAACCAAAGAUGUUCUCUUUGUCCAUGUUUUAAAAACAAUGUCUGAGAACUAGUUGAAAGAUAUUUCAUUAACCAGGUUCAAUGAAGAGCUAAAAAUGUCCUUUUCUCUUUAUUUGGUUAGUUCUAAUAAAUGGAUUAAAUGUCUCAAACUGAGGGAUACAAGUACUCUUUUUCCUCCUUCGGUAGGCAGUGCCCAGGCUCCCUCCAAGAAGAAUACUGUGGAAUUUGUUGAAUGGAAAUAGGUGCUUAUUUCACCCACCCCACUUUUAAAAACAAGCAAACAAACAAAUCACAACUAACAGAUGAUGACCUUCCACUUGGUGGCCUUGUCUUUUUUCUUUGAUAGAAAAAUAAACACUGGUGUAUAUUUGUUGUUGCUUAAAAGAAAAGGUUUUCAGACAUUUCAUCAUCACCUCAACCUUCCUUCUACCCCUGCCCCAUCAAAACAUCUUUGUAAUUCUCACUGUCUUUCUAAUCACAGGGCAUUUAUUUCCUUUGUCAUAAACUUGUUCUUGGUGUUUUAGAUUUUUUUAAAAAAUAAAGUAUUAAGUAUA